AUGCCCGAGGUCUACCGCGAGUCCCGCACCUACACGCGGGGGCGGGACGACCCCUCGUCAGACGACGAUGAUAAUUACAAGGGCCCGACGGUGCGCCGCUACAAGGUGACGCCCAACCGGGUCGAACGAGUCGAGCGAGUUGAGCGCGACUUCGAGGUCGAUGACGACCGCCGCAGUCGUUACAGCUCGAACCUCUACCCUGGCCGCACCAGUGGUGACCUACUCGACGUCGAUCGCCGGUCGUCUUACGUCCCCGAACGGGCACGGUCCGCCAUCGACUCCUCCCCGAGGGACGACUACUACAAUCGCAAUGACCGACCCAGAAACAGCUACGUGGAGAAGGAGACAAAGGUAAUCGAACGGGAAGACCCGUACGCCGACCCUCGCUCGCGCACCGUCGUCGAGCGCCAGGUCAUUGAGCGAGACCGCGAUGACGACUUCCGGGAUGAUCGAGAACGCUCCCGGACCGUUGUUUAUGAGAAAUCCAAGGAGAUCGACAGGGUCGAGCGAGGCGAGCCUUACUCACCCCGCGACUGGGAUCGUCAUUCCCGGAUGCCGUGGGAUCGCGGCGAUGACAGAGAGACUGACGUCCGCAUCGAGCGUCGUGUUGAGGAACGCCGAGAGGACGGCGGUCACCAUGGGGGCGGCGAGGUCGAGCGCUAUCGCAAAGAGACCGAGUACUACGAGCCUGCACCUAUCGCUGCACCCAUAGUCAUCCGCCAGCGUGCCCCAGAACAGAAGAUCAUUGUCCAGGAGGCACCAGCGGCGCCGCCCAUUGUUUUCCGCGAGACCCGACCCGAAACUCGGGAAGACGAAUACUAUUAUCGUCGGGAAUCCCGGGAGGUCGGUCCUUACCGAGGUGAUCGCCGCGAGGAAGAUUACGCCAUGGAGCGUUACGAGCGCCGCCGCGGGGACCGUCGCGACAGGCAUUACAGCGACGGCGAGGGCUCAGAGGACGACUAUUACGUCAAGCGGACCGUCACCCGCCGCCGUGACCGCAGCGGCUCGGGCAGCCCCGAUCAUCACCACAAGCGCCACCUCGCUGAGGGCGCCCUGGCUGGCGCCGGAAUCUCGGCCCUUCUCGCCUCCCGACGCGGCGGGAACGGUGAGCUGCCUGAGAACAGAGGGCGUAAGGUCAUAGCCGGUGCUGCCCUCGGCGCUCUUGGCACCGAGGCCGUCAGGCGCGCCCGCAGCGCCUACCAGGAGAGGUUUGGCGACGACGGCCAUGGCCGGUCUCGGUCUCGGUCUCGGUCUCGCCACUCGAGAAUCAAGACUGGUUUGGGCAUCGCAGCCGUGGCCCUGGCGGCUGCCGGUGCUGCCAAGUAUUACCAAUCUAAUAAGAUUGAUAAGGAGGAAAUGAGUCGUGGCAGGAGUCGGCGCCGGUAUAGUAACGACUAUAGCCGUACUCCCAGCCGGACUCCCAGCCGGAAGCGGUCCAAGAGUCGUGUCGCGUCUGUAGCCAAGGCCGCCGUCGGCACUGCAGCCGUGGCCGGGUUAGUCAAGCAUUUCCGGGACAAGAGCAAGGGCCGCAACAACUCCAAAUCUCGCUCGCGCUCGCGGCUCCGCACCGGGGCCGAAAUCGUGGCAGCUGGCCUGGCGGGCGCUGCCGGGAAGAAGCUCUACGACCGCCACCACGAGAAGAAGGAGCGCGAACGCGAGCUCGACUCGGAGGAAGAAUAUGAAAGGGAGGAAGAGAGGCGCAACCGGCAUCGCUCGCGCAGCAGAUCGCUUUCCCGGUCCGCAAGAUCCCCGUUCCCGGAGGCAAGCACUGCUGAUCCUGAGCUAGGCAUGGUUGAGUACGGGACCCAACCUCUGUAUGUGGAACCGCCGUACCCCCAACACGGCCACGGUUCCGGCGCUGGAGGGGCGAGGGAUUACGAUUCUGCGGCGGAGGAGAGCCGGUCGCAUCGUCGACAUCGAAACGGCCAUCAUCGAUCGCGAUCCUCGGACAGCGAGUCCAGUGAUAAGGAGGUGGACAGGAAGCGGAGCAGGAGCCGCUUGCGGAAUGUGGCUGCGGGUGCUGCUGCUGCGGGAGCUGCAGCCAUCGGCAUUAAGAAAUAUAGAGAUAAUAAGAAGGCAAAGGCGAGGGACGACGACGAGGAUGAGGAAGAAGAUAGGAGGAGAAAAAGGACCAAGUCCAGCUCACGGUCCAGGUCGAGGUCAAGGUCACGACAGCGCGAGCAACGCGGGGACCUGGGCCGAGACCGAGACCACGGCAGGGGGGACAGGGAGAGGGAAAGGGAAAGGGAGCGCAGACGCUACGAGGACGAGACGUCCGCAGACGGGUACGACCCCUAUGACAUACGCCGUACGCCGUCGCCUCCUCAUGCGUCAGGCGGUGCCUAUUACCCUCCUCCCGGAGCCUCUGCAGCAAUGCCAGCUACCCACGGCUUCACCCAACAUCCCAACGCAGCGACUACCAAUCUCGCUGAACCACCCUACCCGCUCUACACCCCCGACUACACCGGAUACCCGCCUCCACCACCAGGCCCGCCGCCAAACUCCGCAGCUACCGCCAGCGGGUUCCCGCCGCCACCCACUGGGCCUGAUCAUGUGAGUGCAGAUUCUUCUCGUAGUGGUCGUCCACAAGAUGUACGCCCCAAGAACGAGAAUCAGGAUGGUGUAGAUCAUGUCUCUCGCAGCCGCCGCCUAUCCUCCGACUCGAAUUCCGGCCCCCCAACCCCAACCGCCACCAAGUCCGUUGCGUUUAUUCCUCUAUCGCCCCAGUCAUCCCGCACAUUAAGACAGCACCGGCUGGAACAAGAAGCCCACGAGACAGACAAGUCCGGCGGCGAGGAAGCACCAAACCCCAACAACGACCCUGCCUACCACCACCACCGCCGCCGGCUCUCAGACCCUUCCUCAAACCGACCACUCUUGACUCGCCGCAGGCCGCACAACUCCUCCUCGCCGGACUCGGACCCCGAGGAAGAAGACGUGAUCGAGGUGCUGCCGGACCGCUUCGACUCGCAAGGCCGGCCGCUCGGCCGCCACGCCUGGGAGGCGAGGAAGGGGUGGCACUCGCGGCGCGGCGACUUCGUCUAUAACCGCGGGCGGGACGGCGACGUGCGGGGCCUGUGGAGCGUCGCGGGCACGGACGGCGAGGCCGUGGACCGCAUCGUCCGCGACCUCGUUGGCGCCGUGGGGGAGGAGGGGGGAGGCCGGGGCGGAUGGCUCGGGCUCGUCGGGGGCUUGCUCGGCGCGGGGAGGGGAUUGCUGGAGGGGCGGGAUGGGACUGCCGCGAAGGGAAGGGAUGAUGAUGGUCGGGAAUCGAGAGCUCGUCGGGGAUAGAUGCGCUGUGACGGUGGAGAAAGGGGCGGGCGGGAGUGGCUUGGCUUGGAUCACGAUUCUUAUGACCUAUGCUUCUUUUUUUUGCUUUUUCUGCUUUUCUUUUCCUGUCGGUUCCGUAUUCUACUCUGAUGCAGCAAUUGUUGGGGGUUGGGAAAGACAUGCUAGUGCUUUCAGUGUGGCCUAGGAGUUAUGAUUACUUCUUUCAUAUUUCAUUUUACCUAGAAGCAAGUGCUUUUGUUCCUAUAUCCAGUGGCGAAGCGAGUUAUUCCCCUUUCAAGAUAUUGGAGGAAACCAGGAGACUAGGAGAUGAGGAGACGCAAUGCGUUCGACAACCACUUUAUGAGCCAUGAUCUUGUUUCUUUUGCUUGAGUUGAGCGGCAUAUUAGCUAGUUCGGUAUGACUGAGAGAUGCUUCGUUAGUUGACUGACAUGUAUGUGGACGAACCGACCUUGCCAGAACAGCAGUUAUAAUCCUAAAUACCU